AUGGGGCUCGUCCAGAGCCUCACCGGUAAGCGAGAUGACGCCGCCGGCCCCACGAAUGGUCCCGCCGAGGUCCUCCCUUGUUCAUUAAUGCCGGCGCCGGCGGUAGAUGGUGACAUGGGUUUCGGCCACCGGCCGGAGAGGAUGCUGGACGAGGAGGAAUGGACCGGCGAUCGUAGUAAUUACUACAUGAGUGGAAGUGGGAACGAUGUUAAUUACUCUGAGAAUUGGGAAGGAUUCGACUAUUAUUAG